AUGUAUAAAGCCUUUGUUGGUCAGAAUCCUGGAUUGGAUGAAUCCAGGAAAAAGGUGGAGAAGAAGCUUUUAAAACAAAUGUGGGCGCAUAAACAGAGCUCUAAUGUCCGAGGGGCCGUGAACGUUGCAGCUGCAGUGACACCCAGCGGCCAGCAGAGGGAACUGCAGGCGGCAGGGAUCGAAACAUCCACCUAUUCAUUUAUUCAUCUCUUCAUUCAUUCAUUUAAAGGAGGAGAGAGGGAGAGGAGGCUGAGCACUGCAGCAGACAUGACCGGCCUGCUCCUCGUCUCUCUGAUCGCUCUCCUGUCCCCCAGUGACGCCUUCAGACCAGGCUCUUCUGGGCAAGUCAUCCCCCUCCAGGAUGAAGCCCAGUCUCGCUUCAUCCAGGAAUUAGUCCGCGCCAAACGCCACUCUGCCCCUGAGUUGGUGCGGUCCCAGCCUCACCUCGUCCAUGACAUGGGCUGGCCUGAGAUCCAUGAGACAUCCCGCUCUCAGGGUAAGAUGGACACCACUAACUCCUCCCAGGGAAACCCUCCACCAUCGACCAAUCAGGGUCAGAGCAGGAGCAGGGGCAUCGUGGACGAGAACCUGGAUGUGGAGGAUGAAAUGGAGCGUAUGGUCCAUCUGGUGGCCCCUCAGGAUCCAGAGAGCUUUGGGGGACCCUCAGACUCCUCUGAUCCAGAGAAGGAACCCGGCGAUGGUCCAGGAGCUGGAGAAGCCUCCCUGGAAGCUUCAGGCUUUUAUGGGACGGACACGGAAGACAGAGAGAGGGGGGAGGACGGGGGAGAGGAGAGGGAGAGACGAGGGGGAGACGUCAGAGAAGAAGAAGAAGAGGAGGAGGAGGAGGAGAGGGGAGGAGGAGGAGCUGAACAUGAUGAUCAUGAACUGGAUGCUUUAGAAGCGAACCACACCACGCCAGAUCUGGAUUCUCUAAUUGGCUACAGCCAACCUUUUCACCCCUCCAGCUCCAAACAGCCCGACCUGUCCGUCCCGAAUCAGGAUCAGGACUCCAGACAGCAGGAGCACCGAGCUCCAUCAGUCCUGGAGGUGGGUCCUUUAGAGCGGGACUUAUGGGAGGCAGAGAAAGAGGAUGACAGCCACUCCAGCGGUUAUGGCGUCCUUCACUCUUCAGUCUCUACCACCAGCUCUACGCCUACGCCUUCAUCUGCUGCUGAGGGAGACGCCACCGGAACCCCAGAGACCGACACUGGAACCGACUUUGGCCUGCUGGGAACUUACACCAAAGAUGAGAACGAGGAGGAGGAGGCAGAAAAGGAGGAGGAAGAGGAGGAAACAGGCCUGGCACACAAAGCCGUAUUUACCCAGAAUCCCACGGUGCCGGAGGUUGGCAUGGCGCCGAGCAGAGAGCCGCUGCAGCCGAGCAUGGAGGAAGAAGAGAAGGAGGCGGAGAUAGGAGAGCAUGAGAUAAGCAGGAUCGGCCCCAAAGAUAAAGGGGACGAGCUGGAGGAGGAUAUCUGGAGGAAGUUUGAAGAAACGGGAAUCAGACCCAUCCUCCCGCUGACCACUGGGCCAUCAAGCACCGUCGACUCCACCCGCUCACCCUGGGAUUGGUUUGAAACGACCACGACGCUCCCCGUCACAGAGCUCUUCUUACCGGUGGUGUGUUUGGAGUGGAACGAGCUGGGCGGUCGAGGAUACGUCGUCUUAAACAUGACGCAAAACCUCAACUGUGAGGAGUUUCGUGCCGACCACGGCGUCCGCCUGUUGAGGAUUUUGGAGCGAGUAUUUGCACGCAGGAUGAACAGCCCUGAGGGAUCGUGGCAACUUUACCUGAGCAAACCACUGCACCAACAGCACCAGCUGCUGAUGAACGUGGCGUCUGACCGAGGAGUGAUCCCUACCAAAGACGUGUUGGACAUGCUGGGACAGAUCAGGAAGAGUCUGAAUAAGGUCGGGAUCCAGAACUACAGCGCUGUCACUAAGUGUCAGACGCCGCCCAGACAUACACGCAGUGACUACGGGAAGCUGUUUGUGGUUCUGGUCAUCAUUGGCUCUGUGUGCAUGGUCAUCAUCACGUCUGGAUUCAUUUACAUCUGCUGGCAGAGACGACUACCCGCCACCAAGACUAACUUCCGCGCUGAGGAACUUCACUUUGUGGAGAACGGUUGCCAUGACAACCCCACGCUGGAUGUGGCCAAUGACAGCCAGCCAGAGAUGCAGGAGAAGAAGCCGAGCGCCAACGGGCUAGCAGGUGGAGGAAAAGGAGGCGGGGAGGACAGCAAACGCUGGCAGGUGUUUGUAAAUCAAGCAGCCACUGAUGACGAUGAGGAGGAGCAGGACACUCAUCUCUGAUGGAACAACAGGAAGGAGAGGAGACGUGUAUUGAAGGACGAUAAAGGAUGGUUAUUGGUGAAGAAUGUAGAAGAGAAGACAGUACAGAAGAAGAGAAGGACUAUAAAAUGUAUAAAUGUGGAAAAGACAACGGGUAGAGGAAGUUUAAAAGUCAAAGGUCUAAGUCAGUGGUGUGUCGUCCAAUCAGAGUGAAGGUAGGAGGAGUGUGUCUUUAAGGGUGUUAGACAUCUGGAUUAAGCAAAUCAAGAUUCAGGUGUACAUUACAAUGUACAAAUGUAGACCUAUAUAAUUCAUUAUAACAUGGAAACUCAUCCGUUCAUGUGCCUUAUGUUUUAGCUUUCUGCAUCAUUUCUAAAGAAGACCUAAAACUCAAAAAAAGGAGGAGGAAGCAUUUACAGUUCUUCCAUUUAAAACAUUUGAUUGUAAGAUAUAUUCAAAUCACUGAGAGGUUUAAAGUUUUGAUGCCAUUUUAUCUCAAACCUGAAUUCUUUGACAGAAUUCCUGCAAACUCUUCAUACUCAGCUGCAUUUCUUAUAAAGCUAUGGUAAUACGUUUCAGUCCAAAUAUCCAAAAUCAUUCAAAAUUCAUCACUCUUUUACUAUUUGAACACAUAAAUACCAACAGUCUUUCCCUUAUGUUGACUGCCCUUUGUUGGCAUCUUUUGGAAAAGUGUGUGGCUCUGGCGAGGGGCAAGGAAGGCAUCCCUCUGUCCUACUAUUGGUAACAUUGGAGAGAAAAAAGGCCCCAACAUCCCCAGCUUCACCAACAUUCUAUCAUCUGCCUUUGAUGCUGUAAUCUUUAAAGCUUAUAAAACAUUCCAUCAUCUGCCUUUAAUGAUGUCAUCUUUAAAGCCUAUGAAACAUUCUAUCAUCUGCCUUUGGUGAUGUCGUCACUAAAGCUUAUGGAACAUUCUAUUAUCUGCCUUUAAUGAUGUCAUCGUUAAUGCUUAUGAAACAUUCUAUUAUCUGCCUUUAAUGAUGUCAUUGUUAAUGCUUAUGAAACAUUCUAUUAUCUGCCUUUGAUGAUGUCAUCAUUAAAGCCUAUGAAACAUUCUAUUAUCUGCCUUUGAUGAUGUCAUCGUUUAAGCUUAUGAAACAUUCUAUUAUCUGCCUUUAAUGAUGUCAUCAU